AUUAUCCAUUUUUUAUAGCCGCAAUAAGAAAAAGAAAAAUCCCCAAAUUCUCUGAAUCCUAGGGUUUUUGGAUUCUUCAAUUUUACAAUACAAAUUCAAAUCCAAAAAAUCCUAGCCUCCAUUCGAAUUCUCUGAAUCUCAAUUUCAUUUUCUAGCAAAAUCCUUUUUUUUUUUUUGGGUUUUCUUGGGAUUUAUUUUGGAUUUUUUGGGAUUUUAAUGGUUGAGUUGAUGAUGUCGUCGGGAAUGGCGUCGUUUACGGUGAAAUUUGAGGUUGAGGAUCCUCUUGAAGAUGAACAUGGUCCCCUCACUAAACGAUCAAAAUCUUCUUCUGCUUCUUCAAGCUUUAAUCAGUGGGAUGCUGGAAAUGAUGAAUUCCCUGUUCCUCCCCCAGAAUACAAUCCACUUGAUGAGCCAAGUCCUUUAGGUCUGAGAUUGAGAAAGAGUCCAUCUUUGUUAGAUUUAAUCACGAUGAGGCUUUCACAAAACAGUGGUUCCUCCAUUGCACCUGAAAACCCUACUUCUGUAAGCAAUACGGGAACAAAGGGUGCUUCCACUUCAGUAGCAACUGACAAGCUGAAGGCGUCAAAUUUUUCGGGAUCACUUCUAAGGAUAGGGUCUUGGGAAUAUGCAUCUAGAUAUGAAGGUGAUUUGGUGGCAAAGUGUUACUUUGCUAAGCAUAAGCUUGUUUGGGAAAUUCUUGAAGGUGGGCUCAAGAGUAAAAUUGAGAUUCAAUGGUCAGAUAUCAUGGGGCUGAAGGCGAGCUGUCCAGAGGAUGGUCCAGGCAGUUUGACUCUUGUGUUGGCUCGCCAGCCCCUUUUCUUCAAGGAGACAAAUCCACAACCCAGAAAACAUACUCUAUGGCAAGCGACUUCAGAUUUCACUGGUGGACAGGCUAGCUUGAACAGGCAACACUUUCUACAGUGUCCACUCGGUGUCUUGAAUAAGCAUUAUGAAAAAUUGAUCCAAUGUGAUGUGCGGCUCAAUUCUCUGAGCAAACAGCCUGAAUUGGCCUUGGAAUCUCCAUAUUUUGAUACAAAAGCUACUCUGUUUGAAAAUCUUGACGAAUUGAACGACCAUGGCUUAGAUCCAGUCGGUUCUGGUAAGGGUUCCCCACUAUCAAGCAUCCAAGAUGCAGCAUCACCUGCUGCGGCACAGUCAUCUUCGGUGUCUUUUGAACAACCUGAUCUCCUUGGUACAGCCCAUGAACAUUUGUCUAGAGAUACCCCUUCUCCAAGCUCAGUGAUGGAUACACAUGCUGUUGGGGACAAUGCAAACAGCAUAGGGUAUGAUUCUAACAGGAUGCAAAACUUGGAGCAAUUGAAGGUGCCAGGACUCCGGCCAUCAAUGUCUAUGACUGAUCUUGUUAGCCACAUUGAAAUCUGCAUUUCACAACAGAUUAAUUCUGGAAGUUUGCAGUCUGAUGAGGCCUUAGAAUGCAAGGGCAUGCUGGAGGACAUUGCACAGAUGUGGCUGAGCGACACUCAAUGUACACCAGCUUCAGACGAGAAAUCUCUCAUGAAGAAAGUGAACUCUCUGUGCUGCCUCUUGCAGGAUCCUAUUGCGUCUCACGAGCCCCAUUUAAAUGGAGAAAAUCAUCUGCAAAAACCUGUUCAAUCUACCGAUGCUUGUAGCUCUUCUGCAUGUGAGAACGACAGAAAUAACGAAGAGAACGCCAAGGAUUUUGUUGGUGGUAAACUGACACCAAGUAUUCCAAGGAUAGACUCCUUUGGCGACUUGCUCCUUCAUCUUCCUCGUAUUGCAUCCCUUCCAAAGUUCCUAUUCAACAUUGUUGAAGAUGAUGAAAACCAAUCCAGAUAGCCGUUCUUUUCUUGAGAAUGUACUGAAGUUCUAGGCUAUAGUCCCCAGGAAAACCAUUUGGGUUUUGCCUGUUUGUUGUGGUCCUGUUGCAAGCACACCUCGGGAUUCGGAAGACGUUAUACAUGGAGAAAAACUGGGAUUUGAAGAUUCUUUGAUAAUUGGUGAAAUUUCUGUCUGUAGAACUAUGUAGUAGUAAGAUUAAUGUUUUUCACCUCUGGCUGAAGAGCAUAACAUUAUAUUGUUUGUACAGGGGUUAGGUCAAUCAAUGUCAUUGUCCCAAUUCAAGUUAAGUUCCCAUUGGGAUUAUUGUUCCUAAAAGUUUUAAUUAGUUGAAUUUGAUUUCUUUACUUUGAGAUUGA